AUGAAGGAAUUCACAAUAGGAGUGAUCAUUGGCUCUACGCGAAGCGCAAGGAUUUGUCCAAUGGUGACGCAGUAUGUUGUUGACACAAUAAACUCUCAACAAUGGCAAAAAAGUUUCACACUUUCCGUGGUAGACCUCAAAGUUUGGAACCUCCCUAUGUUUGACGAACCUAAAGUCCCCGCAACAAUAAAGCAGUCAGAAGACUACGAGCAUGACAUCUCCAGAAAGUGGAGCAAAGAAGUAAGCACAUAUGAUGCCUUCAUUUUUAUUGCUCCACAGUACAACUGGGGCUAUCCAUCAUGCUUAAAGAAUGCAAUCGAUUAUUUGUUUAAUGAAUGGACUGGUAAACCUGCAAUGAUUGUAACAUACGGUAGCCAUGGCGGUGAAAAAUGCUAUUCUCAGCUGAAACAGGUACUUGAGGGGCUCAAUAUGAAGGUAUCAGACCAGGGCGUUUUGAUAUGCUAUCCGACUAAGAAAGAGAUACUCAAUGGAAUCCCACGCGAUUUCCAUUUCGAUCAGCUUCCUGGACUCGAUGAGAUCGUAAAGCACGCAUUUUCAAGAUUGUUGUCUCUUUAA